AUGGAAAACCCUGACUAUUUUGCUCAAGGUACUGAAAACACCGUUCUAGAAAUGUUUACUUAUGAAAACGAACUUCUUCCUUAUUUUGAAAUUAUUCUGAAAAAGAGAUCACUUUCAGCUGAAUUUUUAAUAGAAAUGGCCGAAAUGAUCGAUCGUAGAUACAAUUUAGAUGAUCAAUCGAGAAGUUUUGGUAAAUAUUUUGAUGAUGUUUAUUCAAGUAUUGAUAUUUUGAUUGGAAAACUUUAUGAAAAUGCACAAACAAGAAAAGAUAUGUUGGAACAACUCAAAUUAGAUCCCAACUUUUUUGAAGAAAAAAGAAGAAUAUUUGGAGAGUUAAUAAAGGUUGUUGGUAUUGAACAAAAUGUACUUAUUAUUAGAACAAACAAAAAGUUGGGACAAUUUUCAGAAAGGUGUUCACAUAUCUCAAUUACCCUUCGAGAUGGACAAGAAAGAAUUCAGCAAAUUCGAUUGCCAUCUCCAAGAAGACGUAUCAGCUACUCGUGGUGCCCAAUAUGA